UGCACUUUGCUUGCUCACUUCAUAUUCUUAGGAUUCUCUGGCAGACAGGAUAUGCAGCAGAUGCUCUUUGUGCUCUUUCUUCUGGUUUAUGGCACAACCUUGAUUGCCAGUCUAGGGAUGAUUCUACUGACUAUAGUGGACCCCAGACUUCACACACCCAUGUACUAUUUCCUGAGCAAUCUGUCUUUCUGUGACAUCUGCUACUCCUCCACUGUCUCUCCCAAGAUGUUAGCUGAUUUCUUAUCCAAACAAAAGAAGAUUCCAUAUAAUUUAUGUGCCAUCCAGAUGUACUUUUUUGGGGCAUUUGCAGAUGUGGAAUGUCUCAUGUUGGCUGUCAUGGCCUAUGACCGUUAUGUAGCCAUUUGUAAUCCACUUCUUUAUACAACUGCCAUGCCCAAGAGGGUCUGUACCAAGCUAGUGGCUGGUGCCUAUAUUGUAGGAUUGGUGGAUUCAGCAAUCCACACUUGCUGCACAUUUCGAUUGUCAUUCUGCAAUUCCAAUGUCAUCAAUCACUUUUUCUGUGACAUUCCACCUUUACUAGCUCUCUCCUGCUCAGAUACAUCAAUCAAUGAGAUAGUAAUGUUCACUUUCAUUGGCUUUGUUGUGGGGUGCAGUAUUGUCACUGUCCUCUUCUCCUACUGCUAUAUCAUAACUACCAUCCUUAAAAUGAAUUCAGCUGAGGGGAGACACAAAGCAUUCUCCACAUGUGCCUCCCACUUAACCGCUGUGGCUCUAUUCCAUGGUACGCUCUUGUUCAUGUAUUUCCGGCCAAGCUCGAGUUACUCAAUGGACACUGACAAAUUGGCCUCUGUUUUCUACACAGUUGUGAUCCCUAUGUUAAACCCACUCAUCUAUAGCCUGAGGAAUAAGGAUGUGAAAGGUGCCCUGAAAAAAGCAAUCAGCACUAAAUUUAGCUCUGCAUAA